AUGGAGGUGAGGGAGAUGAGACUUAGCCCCACAAACCAAGCUCAACAGCAGAAAACGCUGGCUAGAAACAACUCCUUAGUGACUGAAUUUAUUCUUGCUGGAUUAACAGAUCGUCCGGAGUUCCGACAACCCUUCUUUUUCCUAUUUCUAGUGAUCUACAUUGUCACCAUGGUAGGCAACCUUGGCUUGAUCACUCUUAUUGGUCUCAAUUCUCACCUCCACACCCCCAUGUACUAUUUCCUCUUCAAUCUCUCCUUCAUUGAUCUCUGUUACUCCUCUGUUUUCACCCCCAAAAUGCUAAUGAACUUUGUUUCAAAAAAGAAUAUUAUCUCCUACGUUGGGUGCAUGACUCAGCUGUUUUUCUUUCUCUUUUUUGUCAUCUCUGAAUGCUACAUGUUGACCUCAAUGGCCUAUGAUCGCUAUGUGGCCAUCUGUAGCCCAUUGCUUUAUAAGGUCACCAUGUCCCAUCAGGCCUGUUCUAUGCUAACUUUUGCUGCUUACAUAAUGGGAUUGGCUGGAGCCACGGCCCAUACCGGGUGCAUGCUUAGACUCACCUUCUGCAGUGCUAAUAUCAUCAACCAUUACUUGUGUGACAUAAUCCCCCUUCUCCAGCUUUCUUGCACCAGCACCUAUGUCAACGAGGUGGUUGUUCUCGUUGUGGGUAUUAAUAUCACAGUACCCAGUUUCACCAUCCUCAUUUCUUAUGUUUUUAUUGUCACUAGCAUUCUUCAUAUCAAAUCCUCUCAAGGAAGAUCAAAAGCCUUCAGUACUUGUAGCUCUCAUGUCAUUGCACUUUCUCUCUUUUUUGGGUCAGCAGCAUUCAUGUAUCUUAAAUAUUCUUCUGGAUCUACGGAGCAGGGAAAAGUUUCUUCUGUUUUCUACACUCCUGUGGUACCCAUGCUAAAUCCCCUCAUUUACAGUUUGAGGAACAAGGAUGUCAAAGUUGCAUUAAGGAAAGCGCUAAUUAAAAUUCAGAAGAGAAACAUAUUCUAA